GCGACUGCAGAAUCUUGGGAUUCAGUCCUUUCACCUCAAGAUCCACGUUGGUGCAAAAGCAGUUGCUUGGUCCGCCGCCUGUGCGUCUCCGUGAUGCAGGAAAGAAGAAAACGUGCAAUGCUGAGGGGACGAGAGCCUUCCUGCCGCUAUUCUGCAUGAAAGCCCGAGAGCUCGACAUCCGUUGAAAAGGUUUUGCUGCAGUGAAAAGGCCACUCUUGGUAGUUGUGUUUCAUGUUUGUAUCCGGCGCACCUGUGUUCCGUCAAAACACUGGGAGUAGAGCUGCAAAGCGUGUGACAGUCUGCAGCAGGAAGCGAGCUGAGCGGUUAAGUCUUUGAAUGCUCAAGGACUCCCUUCCACAUUGUUGCGCUGCCUGUAUUUGUGGACGAGUAAAGUUUUAGGGGGUAAACUCCUUCGGCACAGAGAAACUUACAGCAGCAGCGCCUAGAUUUCUGCAAGGUCCUUUGAGGUUGGGAGGUCCUGACAGACAGGUAGAAAGGGCUCUCGCCGAGCCCUUGUCUUCUGGUGCCAGAGCUUAUGGCAGCUGCCGGGAUGGCUAGAUGUUUGCAGGCGCUUGAUGUUCUGCAGGAACUGCAACCCUUCACACAUAGCCGCAGUGCAGGAGCCGCGGCUUGCUCAUAUAGUCCAAGCUCGCCAAACCUCUCAAAACCGGUGCGGUUUGCAUGCAAUGCCAACCUUGAUAGAAAGCACAGCAGGCCGGCGUUUCUGGCCGGAGGCCUGCCCAUCCCUUCGCCCCACCGAAACAAACACCGCUUCCUGUUGCACUCAAAGAACGGCGGUCGGACAGCAUAUGCAGAGAAACCGGAGAAGAAGGUGCCGUCAGUUUUGUCAGCAGCCAGUGAUUUGAAUGACCGGGAGCGGGGGAAGAAAGGGGCAGGCAAUGAAAAGAGCGCAGCUGCAGAUGAGGAUGCAGACGGGGCUGCGUUGGCAAGCGGGGGAGCACUUGCUGGGGUGCUCUUGGUGGUCACCCUGGCGACGAUGGCAGGACUAGGCUUUGUAUUUAAAGACCAGAUAAAUGCGGCGCUCAUCCAAUUUCAGGGGAUACUCGAGACACUAGGCCCCAUAGGAUAUGUGUAUUUUCUCCUAGCUUACGCAGGAUUAGAGGUCCUCGCAAUCCCUGCUAUCCCCCUAACCAUGUCGGCAGGGCUCCUCUUCGGACAGGCUACGGGAACAGUCAUUGUCAGUGCGGCUGGCACGCUCGCAGCCACCGUCUCCUUCCUGAUUGCGCGCUACCUGGCGCGGGACCGCAUCCUAAAAAUCGCUGAGAAGAACCCCAAGUUUUUGGCGAUUGACAAGGCCAUUGGCAAGGAGAGCUUUAAGGUCGUCACUCUGCUGCGGUUGAGCCCACUGCUGCCUUUCUCUGUCGGCAACUACCUCUACGGCCUCACCUCCGUCAAGCUCGUGCCGUACGUCUUGGCCAGUUGGAUCGGCAUGCUCCCUGGCACGUUCGCAUACGUCAGCGCAGGCAGCGUUGGCAAGACUCUCCUGCAAGAUUCUGCCGACGGCAUCGUUGGGAAUGGCCCAUCCGGGCAGAUGCAGUUGAUAACCCUGGGUUUGGGCCUGCUAGCCACGGUGGGAGCGACGUGGUAUGUGGGCAAGUUGGCUAAGACUGCGGUCGAUGACAUUGAGUAGUGAGGCGGGACUAGCACUGUACAGAGGAGUGAAGUUAUUCUAGAGGAAUCCCGUUUUUGCGACUACGGUACUCCACCAGUCCAUGCAAGCAAGCGUGGCCAGCUUUGAUUUUGAUUCUAUUGUUUGGGUCUAGCGGCGAACGGCAAACAGCUUUGUCACGAUCAGGUAGGAAGAGUUGGACGCGUUGUCAGGGCAGUGUUGCAGGUUAAAAACCAAUUAUUGCAUCAUGCAGCACUGUACUUCAUUAUGUAUCGUCGAAUUGAAGAACUUGUGCCUACUUUCUCUGUUAAGUUCGAGCACCACGUCAUCAUUAACUGCGUACGUCUAACCUAGCUAAAGAUCAGGU